AUGGGUGCGCAACGUCUCAAGAUCCCACCGCAACAGCGGCCAUGGCGCCAGACUCCAUUGAUUGAGUCUGUCAACCUCUCCAAGGCAGCGGGCUGCAGAAUUUUCCUCAAGCUCGACAACCUGCAGCCAUCGGGCUCCUUCAAGUCUCGCGGUCUCGGUAAUCUCGUCCUCAAGAGUAUGGAGCGGGCCGAGGAUCCAGACAAAGUCCACUUCUUCUCCAACUCGGGAGGUAAUGCGGCGCUGGGAUGUAUCAGUGCUGGGAAGUUCGUUGGCAGGCCCGUCACUGUCGUAACGCCCAUGUCCACAAAACCACACAUGAUCUCCAAACUCUAUGCCGCCGGCGCCAAACAAGUCAUCCAAUACGGCCCGGGCAUCAAAGAAGCAGGCGACUACAUGCGUCAAGUCGUAAUCCCCAAAGCCGUCGAGCGAGGCGAAGAACCCAUCUACGUCAGUCCCUUCGACCACCCCGACAUCUGGGACGGGCACUCAACCAUGGUCGACGAGAUGCAACAGCAGUUCUGCGACCUAGGUGAAGAUGCCCCGGACUGGGUCAUCUGCAGCUCCGGCGGAGGAGGUCUUUUCAUUGGCUUGAUGCAAGGGAUUGAGGACCAGGGACCUACGUGGGAUAAGACAAAGGUUCUGACCUGUGGGACGCAUGGUGCUGAUGCGUUGACGACGAGUCUGGCGAAGGGGGAGAAUACUACGUUGCCGAAGAUUACGUCGAUUGCCACCUCCCUCGGUGUCGCCCGCGUGAGUGAUCGAGCCUUUGAACUGGCUGUCGAGGGUCGCGCGAGCGGCAAAGUCAAGAACACGGUCCUGACCGACGCCGAAGCGGCUAUGGGUUGUUGGCGCUUCGCUGAAGACGAAAGGCUCCUCGUGGAACCAGCAUGCGGUGUCAACAUCGCGCUCUGCUACGGCAACAGGCUGAAGAAAGCGCUGGGACGACCGGUCAGGCCUGACGAAAAGGUCGUGAUCGUGGUGUGUGGCGGCUCGAACGUCUCUACGGCGAUUGUGGAAGGCUGGAGAGAGGUGUAUGGGGACGUGGACUGUGUUAAUGGGUAUAGACGGGACUCACUUGUGGCGAGUGAUGGCAUUGCGCCGGACUGGAUCGUGCCGAUGGGGGGACAUGCUAGUGGACAUCAUAGGCUGAACGAGUACUGA